AUGACAUUCAAACAGGUCUCUAUCCUCUAUGAUGAUCAAGAUGAAUCAUAUAUUGACUUAGUAAAGGAACUCCGCCGCGAAUUCUCAGCCUGGUCCACCAUCUCCUAUGCGAUCUCCAUCCUCGGUAUCCUGGGCUCGGUCCCUGCUACUCUAGGCGCUCCUCUGGCUGCUGGAGGGCCUGCCACCGCCGUCUGGUGCUGGGCUCUGGGUUCCCUCAUGGCUCUUGCUAUCGGCAGCUCCGUGGCUGAGUUGGUCUCUGCCUAUCCCACGGCGGGGGGCAUGUACUUUGUCGCCAAGUACGUCGUGCCGCCGCCUCAGGUGCCUUUAUUUGCCUGGAUGCAGGGCUGGAGUAAUCUGCUGGGUCAGACGGCCGGCGUGGCCAGUGUGACCUAUACCGUCAGUCAGAUGGUGUUGGCGGGUGUCAGUAUGAACUAUUCUUAUUCUCCAACCCCCGUCCAUACCGUCGUCCUCGCCAUAUUCCUGCUGAUCCUCCUGGGUCUCGUCUGCUCGCGGUCCACCAAAACCCUCCAUCGCAUUGUCUUCUGGUUUGCCCCAAUUAACAUUCUGGCUUCCCUCGUCAUCUGUCUUGUCCUCCUGCGCUCUCCGAAUCAGCAGCCCUUUACCUGGGUCUUCACCCACUUCACCGAUGGUUCAGGCUACGGAUCAAAGCUAUUCUCCUUCCUGUUGGGCUUCAUCUCCGUGGCCUGGACCAUGACGGACUACGACGGGACCACUCAUAUGUCUGAAGAAACCCACGACGCCGCCACUCUUGGUCCGCGCGCCAUCCAAACCGCCGUGAUCAUCUCCGGAUUUCUGGGCUGGAUCCUCACGGUGUGUCUGUGUCGUCAUCUGACUGAUUUCGACGCCAUCAUGAAUUCCUCCACCGGACUCCCCGCCGCCCAGAUCUUCCUGAACGUCGCCGGUCCCUCCGUCGGUUCUCUCAUGUGGGCUAUGGCGAUCCUGGUGCAGUCCUUCACGGCUUGUUCUGCCAUGUUGGCCGAUACUCGUAUGGUUUAUGCCUUUGCAAGGGACGAGGCCUUGCCGUUUUCCGAGAUAUUGUCUGAGAUCAACACCCAAACACUGACCCCCGUGAAUUCAGUCAUCUUCGUCGUCAUCUUCAGUAUCCUCCUGACUACCAUCGCCCUGGCCUCGACCAAGACUGCCACUACCAUCUUCAGCAUCACCGCCCCGGCUCUGGAUCUCUCUUACGUCGCUGUGAUUCUGGCCCAUCGGCUCUAUCGUCAUCGUGUCCCGUUCGUCGCUGGCCCUUUUACCCUGGGGAAAUGGACCCCGGUCGUCAAUUGGGUGUCGGUCUUCUGGGUGCUGUUUAUCAGUACCGUGUUGUUUUUUCCGCCUUCAGUGCCGGUUACCUGGGAGAAUAUGAACUAUGGCUUUGGGGUUGGGUCGGGAAUCGCCCUUUUCGCUUGGCUGUGGUGGCGUGUUGAUGCCAAUGGGAAAUAUACCGGUCCUCGCACCGCUGACUUUCAGUCCAUUCCUCAGUCCGAUUAUGACCCUCUUGAAUGA